AUGGGCGACCAUAAUUCGGGCCGAUCGGAGGCCUUAUUAGCUUUUUUUAUUAAAAAAUUCCCAGAUGCGUACAAGGAGUUCACCGAUGUGAACCCCGAAAUAAAACCCACCGUGUUCGAUACGGACAGCCCGGCCUCACCGGACUGUCCAAAAAGCAAUCCAUGCGACAUGGAUUGCUCACCAAUCGGCUCGGAAGCCGAGACAGAUUCGAAGCCGUCCUCCUCAGACGCAGAAGAGGAUAACGACGGGUUUGAACCCGUCAUUACCAAAUCUGGUAAAAGGAAGGCGGCCAAGUCACUAAAGGCGCCGCCGCCAACCAAAAAACCGUUGACCCCAGCAGCUGCCGGUGCAGCUGCGACCGCUCCUGCGGGAACGACCGCCUUUCAGCCAAAGGAGGCGCAGUUAGAUAUUACAGAAGAAGGCCCCCGAGCUCGUUCUGAGAUUCAUCUCAGAUUCCUUGCUCCCCAACCCCAACACCCUCAUGGAGUGCUCAUCGGCCGAGGCCUCUGCCUCGGAGUCCGUCUCCCGAUCUGGCCCCGAGGGCGAAGGCAACGACGGGUUUCCGACAAGAAAAAAAAGAAGCGUCCUCCAAAACGCCGUCCGUUUCCGCCCCCCAAUCCCCCGCAAACGCCCCCGCCGCCGCCGUUAACUCUCGCCCCUCGUCCCCCUCAGGGACACCAAACCCACCCUCUCACGCCGCGCCCGUCGCGAGCGGCCCAAACCCGCGGUAAAUUCACCGUCCGCGUCUCCCGACGCACCACCGCGAGAUAA